UGCAGGAGCCAUAUAUUGAAAACAAUGUCUGGAAGCUUCUACUUUGUAAUUGUUGGCCACCAUGAUAAUCCAGUUUUCGAAAUGGAGUUUUUGCCAGCUGGGAAAGCUGAAUCCAAAGAUGACCACCGUCAUCUGAACCAGUUCAUAGCUCAUGCUGCUCUUGACCUGGUAGAUGAGAACAUGUGGCUGUCGAACAACAUGUACUUAAAAACUGUGGACAAGGGCGGCGCCUGUGGCUCAUUCAACGAGUGGUUUGUGUCAGCAUUUGUCACUGCAGGGCAUAUGAGAUUUAUUAUGCUUCAUGACGUAAGGCAAGAAGAUGGAAUAAAGAACUUCUUUACUGAUGUCUAUGAUUUAUAUAUAAAGUUUGCAAUGAAUCCAUUUUACGAACCGAAUUCUCCUAUUCGGUCAAGCGCAUUUGACAGAAAAGUUCAGUUCCUUGGGAAGAAACACCUUUUAAGCUGAAUGCAGAAAAACUCCGAAACAAUGUUACAACAAUGGGGUAUACUCAGGAAUGUGUACAUUGUAAGUAACUUGAUUAAAUAGCCUGGAAACUUUUACUUGUAGUGUCAAUUUAUCUAAACCUAAUGAAACUGCUAUUAUAUUUAAACAUAGUACAUUCUGUUUCAUGACACUUACAAAUAGAUCAAUAUUUGCUUGUAAACAGUGUUAUUUAUAAAAAGCUCCUUAUCAUUAUUAAAAUAUUUUUUAUUUUAGAAGUUGAGAAUAAGAUUUUAACUUUCCUAAUUCAUAUAGUUUGAUCUUGAUAUAACAGUUCAAAAACAAAUGCCAUAAUCAAGAUUUGAUAGAUUUA